UCCUCGCUACGCCAGCUGCUGAUGAGCGAGCAGCGGCCGGCAGCGGCGCUCUCGCUGGCAGAUGUCGUGGGAGAGCUGAGCUGGCUCAACUUGAUACGCGCCCUGGACCAGCCGGAGAGGCUGCUCCACUUCCGCUGGCGCCCCGCCUCCGGCGGCGUCAAGAUUUCGACGCGGCCCGUGGCGGACCCGAAGAACCCGGACCACGUGAUCGCCGGCGUCACGCUCGCGCACGACGACUGUGACCUGCAGCCGGUGGUGCUGGUGACGCGUGCUGAGCGCCGCGCCGCGGACCGAGUCAGGCGACCGCACCCGCCAGGCCAGCGCGCCAACUCGCGUGCCAAGCGAACCGCCACAUUUGCGAAGCGCCACGACUCGUCUGCGAAGCGCACUGACGCUCUUGUGGCGAGGCCCGGCGCACCCGUGGAAGCAGCGAUGGGGCGCGGCGAGCGCAUCAGGAUUCCUUCUGAAAAGGCCGUCAUUAACGUCGAACGAGUUAGAAUAACUAGCGGGCGCUCAGACUCGUCUUUGAACCUCACGGAUACUUCUGCGGUAUCCGUGUCUUGCCCUGACGGUGGGCGGCCGGGCAGACCGAGGAGGCGCAGGAACGGGCAUGACCGCGGCACCCGGGAUCGAGAGCGUGACGGGCACCGGGAGAUCGAGAGGGACCGAUCGAGCAAGAGGGACCGGCAGGUCGAGAGGGACCGAUCGAGCAAGAGGCACCGACCGAGCAAGAGGGACCGAUCGAGCAAGAGGGACCGGCAGGUCGAGAGGGACCGACCGAGCAGGAGGGACGGGCAGAUCGAGCAGGACUUGCAAAGGGAGCGGGAUCGACAGUUCCGUCGGGCCGAGAGGGUUGCCUGGCAGCAGCGGGACGGCGGAGACUGCCAGAUCCGGCGGGACCAGCAGACCUCGACGGAGCGCAUAGACCGACGGCGGAGCAGAGUCACCAGAUUCUGCAGUCAGUGGGACACCGUAUUGCAUCACUUCCGCCAGGGCGGCCAGGAGCAGACCGGUCGGCCGCGCCGUUCGCUGAUGGAGCGCAGCUACCUGACUCGCCGCACCGUUCGGCCCGAGGCGCUGAUUACCGAAGUGCCCGCGGCAACACGUCCCCGCUCCCGGCGCCCGGUGUGACCGCCGGCUGACGCCCGUCUGCCCGCCAGUGACGGACGUCUGCCCGCCGGCUUUCGCGUCCCGCCACAUUGGCCUCCGGAACGUGGCGAGGUCGGUGAUGCACCGCCGUCGGACUGUCUCAGACCUGAAGGUGGAGGACCGGGCAGGAGACUCGACCCCGGCGGCGCGUGCGGCGAGGGACACUAAAGACACCGUGCAUGUUCUGACGGAAGACUCGGUGCGAAGCGACGACAACC